AUGGACUCCCGAGAUACUGUCAACCUGAUGAGCAGCUGGCUCGAUGGCUGCAAUUCGAAGCACCCCGAGUGCAAACGGCGCGUCGCCAGCUCUUACCACCCGACCAGACCGGUCGAUAUCGUCCCUCUCAAGAGCCUCUCUUGGACGAUCCGCAUCAACAAGUAA